UAAAAAAAGAACAUUUACUGAUGAUCUGUAUUCAUACUUCUCAGUGAAUAUUAACAAAAAAUUUUCAAAUAAAGGAACUAACAACAAAUGGAGAAAUUAAUUGAAUUAUUCUUUGAAUUGGAUAAGGAUAACAAUGAAAUUGUCGAUAAACAAGAACUGAUCAAUUAUUGUCAAGAGAACAAGCUUGAUAUGAAAAUGGUUAAUGAAUGGUUGUCAAGAUGUGAUACUGAUAAAAAUAACAAAAUCACUUUCGAUGAAUUUUGUCGAGGUUUCGGUAUAAAAUUAAAUGAAAUGCGUGUAGAAAAAGUAGAAAGAGCCUUAGUAUGGGAUAAAACUACACCAGUUAAACCAGCUAAUGUCGACAUUAUUAAAUCAGCAAUGUCGGAAGUAAAACAAGCGAAAGUUAUUGAAACAUUUAACAAAUUGCUGGAACAAAAUGGAGCUGAUGAAAAGAAUCUAGACAAAGUUUCAUCAGGCCUAAAGAAAUUUUUAGAAGAAAAUUAUGAUAAUGUAUGGCAUGUUAUUAUAAUGAAUGGUUCAUUCUGGAUGAGUUAUUCUCAUGAACCAUUCUGUUCAUUACAAUUUAGAAUGAAUAAUUACUCAUGUAGUAUAUGGCGUACACCAUUUGGACAAAGAUUUAACUCCUAACUUAACAGAAUAUUAAGUUUUACUUUUAACUAUUAUUAUUACUGGUGUCAUCUAAACAAUAUCUUACAAUUCGUGAUUCCUUAUUCUUUAUUCACUCCUUCAAUGUGUAUAUUUUUAUAACAAUGAACACUAAUUAUGAUAAUAUAUAUUCAAUAUAAAA